AUGCCCCAACUAAGACAAGAUACAGACACCACUUCUUUCACCGCACUGCUCAACAGCCCUCUUGACUCAUCUGCCACGGGCUCGCCAAUUACAAAACUGCCAGUGGCAGUGACAAGCCCGCCAGUUAGUCAAACAGUGGGACGAAAUCAUACUCAGUUUCAAGGCUUGCAGCGCCAGAGAGUUGAUAGAGAUGUCGUCCCACACCGAGACGGCCCUUAUCGCCAGUUGAAACCUCAGUUGCAGUCUAGUAUCCUCCAACCUCCUCCUGUUGAUAUUGAGAGCGAACCGCCGAGCCCCAAACGUCGGCGACGUUCACCCACAUUUCGACCUACUCCCUUUAUAAGGGAGGUCCAAGCUGACUGGAAGAAACAAGCCGAGCGUGCGGCUGCAGCAGAGGCAGCAGCAGCGGCUAAUCCAGGGUCAUCUACCGUUGACUUGACAGAUAUCAACGAUGAUGCUACCCCAGAGCAGCCCGUGGACCCCAAGGAUGAAGAGGUUUGCUACGGUAUGAUUAAAACUCGCGCAAACUGCACUCGAGCCCCUUCGCCUAAGCCAGGCGUCCAGAGCAUGUGGGGCCCCAACUAUCAACCUAGCAUCAAGGUUAUCCUCAGGAGGAUGGCUGAUGACAGCAACUCUCUUCGCGUUCCCGUUUGCGACCACACCAGACAAAUCAUCGGGAUGGUCGACUAUUCCGCCAGCAAGGCUUUGGCGCCUCUGCUGGACUUUAACAUUCGCGUUAGGACCGACUGCCGUAUCCCGCCGCAGCCUAUGGGGCCUGGUGAAGUACCUGGCCAGGCUGUAUCACGCUCCUACAUCCUCGACAUUGUCUUGUACGGGCCCUUGAAAUACGCUAGGAAUGUUGGAACCCUCCUGGAGCGGUCUGGCGUUCCGCUUCAACAGCCUUAUAUCAUCCAAAGAGGCAUCAGACUCUGCAACCCUCACACCGCGGACUACUUGCGUUCCCUUAAAAAGCCGUCCUCCGGAGUAUAUGGAAAUCGCCCUUCGGAGCCUUCUCGUGUCACAAGCUUCACACCAAGAACCGUCGAGGAAGUCCGCUCGGAGGUCAUGGGUGUGUUUGAUUCUCUUACUAGGAGUGACGAACUACCCACUGAGGACCCCCCCGCAUGCAUCACAACUCCCCUACUUACUCAUCAGAAACAGGGCCUCUAUUUCAUGAUGGCGAGAGAGCAACCUCGCGAGCUGCAGCUGGAUGAGACGGGCAUGGUUUCUUUCUGGCAGACCAAGCUCGCCCCAACUGGCCAACCAAUCUUUCAUAACGUCAUCACCGAUGAGACCCAGGCUACCGUCCCUACCGAUACCCGCGGUGGUAUACUGGCUGAUAUGAUGGGUCUUGGAAAAACACUCAGCAUACUGUCGCUCAUAGCAAGCACCAUGGACGAAGCACGGGAAUUUAAGCAGCUCACGCCUGAGCAGCCAUCCGCCCCAGAAACCAGACAGACAAGGACCGAAAUGGAUCCCAUACAAGCGCCGCUGGGUUUGACGCCCGUGUCCCAAAAUACUAAAUCUACCUUGAUCAUAUGCCCUCUCAGCACAAUUACUAAUUGGGAGGAACAAAUUAAACAGCACGUAGCUCCUGGCAAGCUCUCUCAUCAUAUCUACCACGGACCCAACCGGAUCAAAGAUUUGGCACGACUCGCACAGUUCGACAUCGUGAUUACAACUUACGGAUCUGUUUCCAAUGAGCUCAGCUCUCGACGAAAGGCCAAGACGGGCAGCUUUCCCCUUGAAGAGCUUGGAUGGUUCCGCAUCGUUCUAGAUGAGGCACACAUGAUUCGCGAGCAAACGACAAUGCAGUUCAAGGCCAUAGUUCGUCUUCAAGCCCAACGGCGAUGGGCUGUAACGGGAACCCCUGUCCAAAACAGACUGGAUGAUUUCGCAGCCCUCUUGUCUUUCCUUCGCCUGGAGCCUUUCCACCAUAGGGCCAAGUUCCUUCGGCACAUUGUGGAGCCGUUCAAGGCCUGCGACCCGGACAUUGUGCCAAAGCUCCGUAUUCUUGUUGACACAAUCACCCUUCGCCGGCUUAAAGAUAAGAUUGACCUGCCCCCUCGGGAAGAUCUCAUUGUCAAACUUGAUUUCAGCACGGAGGAGCGCGGCAUAUACGACCUCUUUGCCCGGAACGCCCAAGACCGGGUCAGGGUCCUAGCUGGCAACCCUACCUCUGUGGCACUUGGAGGAAACACCUACAUCCACAUCCUCAAAGCCAUUCUCCGCCUCCGCCUGCUCUGCGCACAUGGCAAAGACUUGCUCAACGACGAGGACUUGGCAGCCCUGCGAGGCAUGUCGGCGGAGAUGGCAAUCGAUAUCGACGACGACGACGAGAGUGCAGGCGGCUCGCUGCUGUCUCAUCAAAAAGCACACGAAAUGUUUACACUAAUGCAAGAUACGAACAAUGAUUCGUGCAUAGAAUGCAACAAGAAGAUCUCUUCCCAGGAACAAAACCCAAUAGAUGCCGAGAAGGAGGACGAUACGCUAGGAUACAUGACCUCUUGCUUUCAUGUAGUCUGUCGAUCAUGCAUAAGAGUCUUCAAGCAACGAGCCAAAGCUGCUCUGCAGCCCGGCCAGGUUGCAGGCCCCUGUAUCGUUUGCAAUGCCCAUGUACGAUUUGGCUUCGUCAAUAUUCGCCGCUCAGAUGCAGAUGGCGAACACGAUGGCAUUCUCAAAUCAAAAUCGAAGCAUGCCGGAAAAGAUCUCGACAAUUAUAGCGGGCCUCACACCAAAACCAAAGCCCUCCUUGAGGAUCUUCUGAAAUCCAAAGCUGCCAGUGAUGCCAAUCCUCAAGAACUACCCUUCAAAUCUGUUGUGUUUUCAGGGUGGACAUCACACUUGGACCUCAUUGAGCUGGCGCUGAAGGAAGCUGAUAUUCAAUUCACGAGAUUGGAUGGCAGCAUGACACGACAAGCACGCACGGCAGCCAUGGACAAUUUCCGCGAAGAUCGCAACAUUCACGUCAUCCUCGUUUCAAUCACCGCCGGUGGGCUGGGCCUCAACCUAACUGCCGGCAACAACGUGUACGUGAUGGAACCGCAGUACAACCCGGCUGCCGAAGCUCAAGCGGUCGAUCGUGUGCACCGCCUGGGACAAAAACGCCCUGUGCGCACGAUCCGAUACAUUAUGCGCAAUAGUUUUGAAGAGAAGAUGCUCGAAUUGCAAGAAAAGAAGAAGAAACUAGCCAGCCUCAGCAUGGAUGGCCAAAAUAAGGCGCUGGACAAGGCAGAGGCUGCGCGACAGAAACUCAUGGACCUCCGCAGUCUUUUCAAAUGA